UGCGUGCCACCUCCCACCUCCGCUCACCACGUAGUCAGAUUCGCGAAAAAAAAAGUCACUCUCGUUUCCACCCAACAAAAUGCCUGCGAAAAAGUCAGACUACUAUGCUGUCCUUGGCCUCACCAACGGUGCCAGCGACGACGAAAUCAGAGCUGCAUAUAAAAAACUCGCUUUGCAGUGGCACCCAGAUCGUCACUUAUCAGGGAAAGAGCACGCGGCACAGAUGUUUAUUGACGUGAACACUGCAUACCACGCGCUAAUGGACGGCAGCGAGAGCACCCACUCCGCUCCGCCUGAAAAUUCCUCGGCUACUAGCUGUUCGAACACAGGCAGUACGGGUACAGCACCGUCGGAGUCUACUGCGAGAAGCUCGCAGCCCACCAGUCGUCCGCCGUCGGAUUCGAAGAAGAGUAAUCGUACUAAGCGGCCGCGGGAUACAUCGCCACCUACGUCAACGAAAAGCCAAAGGCCACGUCCUGCGAAGUCCAAGUCAGAUCAUGUUUCAUCAACCCACUCCUCAGCUGGUCGUAAUGGCUCGCGCAGCCACCCAGAAAACAAUACAGAGGAGCGUUCCAGCUCUGAUCGCGUGAAGGGUCGACGUCACGCCUCCAAAUCUCAUGACCACCUACGCGAUCCGCCAAAAUCCAGUGGCAGGAAAAGUCCGUCUCCAUCCGCUUUCACAUUUGCUACAAACAUGCAGCAUUCGGAUGAUACCAGCGCAUCCAAAGCGGACAGCAACCCAGAACACAAGUCAGAGAAACGUUCCCGUAGUCACGCUGACGGCUUGCGGUUCAAAACGGAUAGCAGCUCAGACCUUCACUCAGACAAAAGUUCCCGCAGUCACACUGACAGUUCGCGGACGAAUAAGCCUGUGAUACCUCCAUCCUCGAACCGUCUUCACAAGUCAUCCAGGUUUGGACUUGCAGAUGACUUCAUUCAUAGACUGUCUAGGGGAUCGAAAGGCGGGAAGGACCGUCACGACAAUAUUCCUCACGUAGACGAUGUCCCGUCACUUGGGUCGCCAUUACGCGCUAUGAGGUCUCCCAGAGGUACUUCCAAGGAGUGGAUUUUCCCCCUCCCUUUGACACUGGAAGAGAUAUUCCAUGGAUCACUACAUCGCUUUUUGAUAAAGAGGGAGCUACUUUCGCAUAAAAUCGAGGAGGUGGAAAUCUGCGUCCGUGUACCUGCGGGCACCCGAACUGGCACCAGAAUCGUAUGUCGGCAUGCGGGUCAUCAGCGCAAAGACGGAACUUUCCAAGACGUCGUUUUCCUAGUCGAGGAUGAGCCCGAGCAAAGGUUCUCCAGAGUUAACGACGACCUAUAUCUGGAUAUUCGUGUGCCAUGGCAGGACUCCCUCGCCGAUGGAGGUGGAGAUAUUUAUAUUGACGGUCUCGACGGGGAGGAAAUUGUUUUCCCCCUUCCUUAUCCGAUUCAUGACUGUGCUACGGAAGGCCAAGUUUUCGUAAAGGGAGCGGGCAUGCCAAUACGUUGUGGUCACAAAAUCGUGGGCCGGGGAGAUAUGAUUGUUAGAUGGCAAGUUGUAUUCACCGCACCAUCCAAGUGGCAAACAUUCAAAAGGGCGUUUCGCUUGAAGCCUUGAUGGCUUCGAGGUCUUCUUCUGGUUUUGGAUUUGGAUUCUUAUGCCAGUAUUCAUUCAUCUUUUUCGAGGGGAUAUAUAUGAACAACUUUUGCACUGUAAAACUAUUCAAUACAAAUGCUCUUUGGAAUAAGGAAUUACCAUCGUUCCUACAGUUGCUUAGGAGAGAGCUCCUCGAGGUCGCGGGGAACCGUUCCGAUGGCUUGGCGCUUCUCGCCUGUUGUGCGGGGGCAAUGUUCAGGGACUGCAUUGCAGAGGCCUGUCUGUCGUAGCUCGGUUGUUCUUCGUCCAUCCAUUAACAAGGUUCUGAAUGUUGGGAUGCUCUGCCACUAUCGGUGGAUGAAGCUUCACCGAUAACGAACUCCCAACAUAACCUCGUCAAUGGUCUUAGACAUAUCACACGAACAUGCCCUGAAGGCCUAAUCUUUCAUUCACACCGCCAAGAGUGAGAG